GGGAUCAUGCCGUAUCGAAUAGCCCUCAGGGCGGUUUCCACGGUCUUGCUCAUGGGCUGGUUCUGGCUAAUCCAAGCUUCCACGGCCUCGUACAACUCCAGCUCACUCUGCAGAAUGAGGUCAGAGCGCUGGAGCAAAGAGAGGAGCAGGUCUUCACUGAUGGAGCUCCAUUCUCCGCUCUGCAGCACAGAGGACAGGUUCCAGCUCAGGUACUGCAGGCAGCUGUCCCGCAGGGCCACGUCCCCAAUUUGUAGUGCAUAGUUAUACCAGCCUACCACAUGGCCGGAGGGAGACUCACUUGACAGAUGUUGGGUCAUAUACUGGGUCAGACCUUGUUGCAAGCCCCACACAUGAUACUUGCUGGCCAGCUUGUGCAGAGAAAUGGCCUGAUCCAGUCGAACGGAGAUAUCACCGCAGUACAGAUACCUGCAGGAGGAAAAGAGGUUGCCUAAGUAAAGCGUACUAUAUUUGAAACAUGUGUUCUCUCCUCACAUGUGACUCACUCAAUAAACCCACACUGUCCGUUUUUCAGCUGUGAGCCUAAAACAGCAGAUGUAAUUUUAGAAUACUUAACACGUUGGAGCUUCUCAUUUCUGCAAAGGAGGGAGGCAAAUUGGUGAGGAAGAUCGAUAUCUUACACUGUAAAAGUUUCUAAACUUUAAAAAUGUUUGCCAUUUGUUAACCUCACCUGAUAAACUUGUCAAAGACCGCUGCACAGUCCACCGUCUCCCUCAGCACCACAUAGCUGUUAUUGCGGGUCAGCAGCAGUUCCUCGAACACGUCGCUCUGCAGCGUGAGAACCAAGCUGUGGGCCUGGAUCACCUUCACCUCAUCCGUGUUGAUGGUGUGCACCCGGAGAGUGACGUCACUGCCGUUCCCCAUGGCCAGCAGGGUCUCCAUGCGCUGCACCAAACUCAUGGAGUGAUUCAGCACGGUGGCCCCAUUGUCCAACGCUGUCUCCUGCUUCAGGGCAGCUGUGGGGAAAAUGGAGCAAGAUGGCGGACAAGUUGCACUUAAAUGCAACACAAUGAACGCUUUCUGAAUGCAGGAGAAAUCUGCUACCCUUUUUUUUCUUUUACCUUUAACCUGAAUCUAAUUUCUGGCAAAACUUGCAUGCAUUUGCAUCUCAGAUUUGACGCAGCAGUAACUGAAAAGGGCGACUCUUUGACUUAACCACAACUGAUAAAAAGUGCCAGGGGAAAACCAGACUUGCACAACGUCCAAUUUUUCUAGUUUUAAUUGGUAGAGAAAGAGAGCACAAGCCAGGUGGCUGACUCAGAAAACCUUUGCUUACAUGUCCUCAGAAGAGAUUCUGAGUUUGCGGCGCAACUGCAGAUGGCUGCUCCUCUGCGCUCUCAUGUGCACGAGUACAAGUGGCACACACUGGAGGAGCACACAUGAAAGACUCAGCGUGACAAGUUACUGUUUCCACUCUGCCAUCGGCAGCCUUGUUGGUUUGUUACUGGGGGUUUAAUGAGACACUGGGGGAGCACUCCUCUUGGCUCCCUGGAAAGCUUCACAGUCUUCGUUUCUUAACCACAACCAAGCACCCCCUCUUCAAAGUAACCUUUUUCCAAUUAGCGAGCCAGCACCCUGAGCCAGCUGAGCAUGGUGGAGUGUGUGGGGGUGCUUCUUGACGAAUGACUCUGUGUAGCCAAUAAAAUCAUCACCAAAUUCACACAGUAGUAUCUGUUACAUAUUUAUUUAUUUUUUUCCAAUUCUGAAAUGAAAAAAUAAACAUCUGAGAGUGGUAGAUCAAAAACUUAUGAAUAAUGAAUGUCUUAGAGUCUCUUUAAGUCGAGCUGAAAACAUUAAAUAAAACAUUUUACACUGCACACAGUCCCUAAAUAUAGGAUCAAACAAGUCUGUACUCACAUAGAAUACAAAACCUGAUCUGACAGCAGAGAAAAGUGGCCUUUAAUAGCUGUGUUUAAAAAUCAGUUAUAGUCAGAUCUUCUUUCAGGAGUAAGAAAAGCUCUCCCUCAAUGCUUCUACUUCCACUCUACCACUGAGCCGGCACAAAGCCAAGCAGUAAAUGGACCUGCCUGUCUCUCCCUGCACCCAGCAGACAGAUAGAUGAGGACAGGAUGAGUAGAAUAGAUAAAUACCCAUGCUCUGCCCUGAGGCUGAGCACGAGCCACACAUUCAUGCUGUGCCCUACUAUCAUCCAGCUGAAUGGAGGGAAGCUGGAGUGGAACAGAACAACACAGUUUCUUUACAAAGUAGAAUUAAUUAUAGAAAAAGAUUUUUAAAAAGUGAUAUGACUCUUCAAAAUAAAACAAUUUCAACUGCUGAGGACAUUUUAUUUUUUUUAUCUUACCUCCUCUAACUGUGACAGAGUGGAUCAAGAGGAGCAGGGUGCCCACACAGACCCAGGCUGGGAUCCCUUGUUCAAAAGAGCGCACCAUUUCUUCUCUCCUGACUAUCUUCCUGUAUCCCCCUCUCUUCCUCGGACUAUUCCUCUGGCUUCUGUGCGCCUCUGUCUCGUGCGAGCAGAAAGGUGCGUUGGCCCCCGUGUGUGUGUGUGCCGCCCGGCUCCCUGUCCCGCACUCUUUAUGUAGGACGCUGGCCUUUCCCUGGCGCAUCUCGCAACCCCACGGGCUCCAUUGAUUGGUGGAAUCUGGCAGGGGCGUUGCUAUAGCGACAGCUUUGAUUUUGAAUUUCUCCCUUUUGGAUGUUACAUGGUAUUGAUCAGCGGCACCGGGCCAAGUGAGGACUCAGCUUAAUGGUUUUUUUUUUUUUUUUUGAGUGGAAAAGUCAGGAGAGUUAGGCGCUAUUAACAAUCAAUUUUACCACAGCGUGUUUUGAUGGCACUCGGAAAGCAGAAAAUCUCUGCUCUGCUAGAUUUUCUGUAAAUAUAAUUAGUCAAUUAAUUACAGCAGGUUGCCACUCAAACUGAGAGUAAUUGGGGUUCUCAUAUGUGUGACCAAUGGCAGUCAAUCAAAUUUCAUAAUCCAUUUUGUUGGACAGUUUUCCAACUGAGAGCAAUUAUUUUUCUGAUGGCAUGUUAAUCUUACUAAUGGGGGGGAUAAAUUAUUUGGUGCUCUGUCUACUCUUCAAUCUAAAGGAGGCUCAGUCUAUCAAAACCAGCUGCCAAUCAGGACACACUUGUAUUUAAAAAAAAAACUAUUUUACUCUGUUUUUGUUCACAUGGCAAAGAGCAAAUAUUCUCAGGUGCUGAGAUUAGCGUGCCGUGCUUAAUAGUCCUCCAAAAUAAGUUCCAUGCUGGGAAAAUCAAUAGGAAAAGCUGUAAUGGCUCAAAGUGUGCUCAAAAGCCCCAUAGCAUAAUAGAAUCACACAUCCUGCAAAAGCAUACGGUGCUGCAGAGAUGCUGUUUAAUGCGAAACUGCUGCAAUGAGCUGCUCAUACGUGACGCUUUGGGGCAAAAUCAUAUUUUGACAGAGCCAUUUAUUUGAGCCUUUAGCAUUGAUCUGUCAGUCAGAGAUGGGUCAGUCAAUACUGAGAUCCCUGUUAAAUCUGCUAAAAAAGAUAAGCUCAGUAUGGAUCGAAUUUUAAAAAAAGAAAGGAAAAUCAUUGCAUCUGACUGUACCAUUAGUCCUAUCGGGAUGUUUUUUUACUCGCAUGCUGCGAUGAGAUAAAAGUGUUCAAAAUAACUCAGAAUCCGCCACAACAGAGACACAGACAAGGGCGGACAUCAUUUUGGAGGGAUCUGGGUUGUGGAGCCCUGAGGCCUGCCAGGCUGCAGAAAAAACUGCAGGAGAAUAGAUGCCCUGCGAGACCCCGACCUGAGCCACUGCUAUGAAUAACCUGACAGGUUCCCUGAAGGGAGCGGUGCUGCCGAGGAGCCCUAAUGAAGCCGGCUGCAACAAACUGGACCAGACAACAUAGACAGAGGCAUAGACAAGGCAGUGGAUCCUACUGCAUAUGAUUGUACCCUCUGUUCUGAUGCACACAAAUAGGUUUCAUGCCUUGCAGCAAAGAUGCAGGUGCAAAGAAUGAGCACAGCGUGUUAACAGUUCAUCUAUUCAUAUAAAGAUACUCUAUCCAAACAUGCAAAUCAGGUGUUUUUGCAGCCUCUGAAAUUGGUUGUUCAGCUACAUGUUGAACAGAAUGUACCCAAAACAUGCCCUCCAUAAAGGUGACAUUGCUCCUGUUAAGAAUCUGAUAUGCAAAGGGAUAAAAUUGAUGAGCCGCUGGGCUCAUGAGAGCGCCUCCCGGGACGAGAUCCAUUGAGGGAUCGAUGCACCACAGGGGGUCCCAUCACGCAGCGUAAACAGUGCGUUUAGUGCAGGCGUGAUGCCAGAGUUAGCUUCGGCAAGGUUUCCUGGUUGACCUUAUUUAUGCGCUGAACCAAAGAGAGCAGACACUUUUUAACCAGAUCUUUGGUAUAAACACACUUUAACAUGUUACAUGCAUCAAAUAUCUGUUAAAUACAGGGAAAGAAGUAGAAAAUCUAACAAAUGAACUCAUUUAAGAUAUUUUUUCGUAUUAUUCCUGCAUGUUUUUCUAAAUUCAGCCGAGUAAAUUAGAGUUUUAUGUGUGCCACUGUCUUCCCUGACUACAUAUUUCAUAACUACAUGAGGGAGCUAGAUGAAAAGAAAAGUUUGGGGACUUUUCAGUCAGUCUAGACUUACAGGCACAAGGAAACGAAUCAAAGUGGUUCACUCACAUCUUAAAAAUACUCUACCUUUGUUUGCCUCUGGGGAAUAAAUUCUUACUGUCGCACUAUGAUUUCAGUCCUCAAGUGCAAACUGAAGUGCAUCAUGUUUAUGAGCAUCAUAUUCUGCAAAAAGACUAUGCAAAAAUUUGUAACUGGAAAAAAAAACAGACAAAAAACAUAGAGACACUAAAGACUGUUUAAAAGCUUAAAGUCAAUAACUUUAAUCAAUAUUGCUUUUAAUCAAAUGGAUGUUAAAUGGCAUGUUGACAACAGAUCAAUAUCGAGCCUGUUCUGCCGUAUAAUCAGAUUUUAUUAUGCAACACUUGAGUCCAUAGUUUCUGUAACAUCAGUUUCCACCAGGUGGCUCUGCAAACUGAGGGCACAGUUUGUCCUACUGAUGCUGACUGCCCUGUGCACAGAAAGUGGAUUCAAACUCUUCUAUGAGACCUCUCAGGUAACUGUUUUAUGCACAUUACAUUGCAAAAUAAUUAAAAUAAAGGCCUAAAUUAGAGUUUAAUUCCCUUUAAAAUGAAACAGCAAGAAAACUGAGGAUUGAGGCAGUUUAGAUAAAAAUCAUUUAUGAGGACUCACUUAUCAAAAAGUUGAUCCCAUCUUGAAAACGAUCAGUCAUUAGUCGAUUUUGUGUUUAAUAUAAAAUCUCUGCAAACAGGCCAAACCUUGCCCUACAGCAAGUAUAGCCAACAUGUCUCACUUGAGAGGUGAGUGGGUCCUUUGUUUGGGUGUAAGCCGCCUCAAACAAAUAAGCAGACUGGGUGCUAAUCUCACAGAAUAUGCAAAGCUGCAGAAGUUGGAUAAAGACACGGAGCGGUUUGAGCUGGGUCCUUUGACAAAGUUACACACACACGGGAUCAUAACAAGUAUACAUGACAGGAGAGCUAUUAUGAAGCGACUCCCGAGGAGGAGAGCAUUAUAACAUGGUUCAGUAGCAGCAGGAGGAAAGGAGUGGACAGAUGGAGGACUGUCCAUGAAUCCACCCGGAAAAACACGCUGGAUUGAGCUCGUGGCGCGGAUGAAUUCAUCGAGACAUAAGUGAAAAAGUUCGAUAAUACUCAAAGCAGGUUUAACAUCUCGGGAGAGUCGAUUUGUUAUCCUCACCGGGAGUAAAUCUACUCGGGUCACCUGUUGGAGCGGUCACAAGCCCAGGUAAGCAGGUCCUGAUGGAGACAUAUGAAUCUGAUACCUAUUGAAUGCCAUCGUGUUUCCCACUGCUGCACUUCUGUAAAUUAUACGAUGAUUUCAGCCUUACAUCUUUAAUCCAGCCUUUUUUUAUUGCAAUACAGUUAUAGAAAAAGAAACUAGAAUGCUUUUUGAAGCGUUUAACCCUUUAAUGCUUUUUGUAUCAUCUUUGAUACAUACUUUUAUGAUACUUAUAUCUAAUCAAUAUAAUCAACAAAUUACUAAAAAAACACCUGAAUUCAGUCUGAUAAAGGAUAAAAACGUCCUCUUGUCGUUUAUCAGUUUCCAAAAACAUCUAAUGUAUAUAUAUGUGUAUUUAUAUAUAUAAUUUCAGGGUUAAGAUAUAGUCUGAUAGCUUGAAAAUAAUUUGAAACUCGAACUGAAAAUAGUGCAAAGACGAUAUAUCAAACAUCAAAACUUAAAUAAUGUUAAGAAAUAUUUCUAAAAUUUAUGCUGAUUUGAAAUUUGAUGCCUGUAACUUGUUUCAUGGCCUAAGAAGUGCAUAAAAAAUGCUGAGAUGCUCUAAAAGAUCAGGUAGGAAAUAGUUAAGUUAUGUUCUUAAGUGAGAAAGUGCUAAAUUUUACACUGAUUUGUUCAUCAAAAGUGCAUAAUAUUACUAAAAGUUACAGAGAAUUGGCAGAAAUCACAUUGCAAAAGGGACAAGGACUGAAACCAAGACUUAACAUUGUGAUCCUCAGGUCCUUAGAUGGCACUGCGUUCAAAACAGACACGACUCUGCAGUGGAAAUCCCUGCAUUGGCUCAAAAUCUUAUCUCAUCUAAAAAAUAAAAAAAUAAAAAAAAAAACACUGUUUGUGGGCACAGUUUGUCAAAAGUAGGUUAAAGCUGCACCAAGCAGAGAGGAAACCAUCUGUAAAACUAGUCCAGAAACACCGCUGACCUCACAGGGCCUGAGGGGUAGUGGGGCAGUUUCCGUGGAUCUUACGACUCAAAUUUUGACAUUCAUUUUGGAAAUCAUGGAGGCUGCAUGCCAAACUACAUUUUUGCACAUUUAACAUAGCAUGGCCCAGCAGUAGAAGAGUCUGGGUGCUAAACUGGCCUGCAUGCAGUACCAACUUGUCACGCAUUAAAACACGAGUAGCUUGUCUUCUUGGUUUGCAAAAAAACUUAAAAUAAAACUAUAGUUGUAUCAAAUAGUCAACAUUUUCAGUGACAUAGCUCACGAAUUUCAACUUUUUUUUUCUACCUUUACAGAACAAGUGAGCCCAAACUGACAAAUGACUGUAUUUCAAUCAUGCAAACCAACCGUAUCCUCAAAUAACGCUAUAUUUGGAGCAGAAAUGCAGAGUACUGAUAAUAAAGUCUCAUGUUGUAGCGCCGAAUUGAGGCCUCUGCAAAUUACAUACUGUAGCAGGGCCCGGCUGAGCUGUGAUUACAUCACGUCUCGGUGUUGUAAUUAAAGACAGGCGACACAUUUGGUUGGAUCCUUCAGAGACAUGAAUGGAUUGAAUUCAGCCAGCAGCUGUAGUAUGAAACAGUCAGACUUGAUGGGCUGUGAAUAGUAUGUGAAUGAUGUUUUUCACUGAGCUUAAUCUGUUGUUACAUAGUUUGUUUCAAGUGCAUGCAAAGUUGUGAUUCUUGGUGUCGUCUUCUACAAAUCCAAAUGCAAAUACUGCAGCUUUGCGACAGAAUUUGAAUGGAUGUUUUAAAAAAAUCUGUUUCCUUUUUUAAUAGACAGAGAAAGAAGACUUGCGGUGAAGCCAUGGGUUCGACGGGCCCCCCGAAAGGCUGUGGCUCCAACAUCGGCUCUUUAUUUUACAACCUGUGUGACCUGACCACAGUGUGGGGAGUCGUGGUGGAGGCCGUAGCUGCUACUGGAGUCGUGACCUCUUUCGUUCUCUUCAUCAUCCUCAUGGCAUGCUUACCGUUUGUGACCAACAAGAAGAGGAAGGCUAUGGUGGCCCUGCAGGCAGGCAGUCUGGUCUUCACUCUGGGACUCUUUGGACUCACUUUCGCCUUUAUCGUUGGUCGGUACUCCACCGGCUGUGCAGCUCGGAGGUUCCUCUUUGGUGUUUUGUUCGCAGGCUGCCUGUCCUGCCUGAUAAUGCACGGGCUGUGGCUGGCCCUGCUGCAGAGAGGCCGGGGCCCAAAGUGCUGGAUGUUCUGCCUGGGUGCGCUCGGUCUGUGGUUGGUGGAGGUGAUCAUCAACACCGAGUGGUUGAUCACCACGGUGGUCAGGAGCCCACCUGGAGCUGAAGCCAUCCCUGACCUCUCCUGCAGCUUUGACAACAUGGACUUCGUGAUGGCUCUGAUCUACGUCAUGGUCCUCCUGGUCGCUGUGGUAGUGAUACCGGUGUUCACGCUGACACACAAGCAGAGACAGUGGUGCAAGGAUGGAGCUUUCAUCCUGGUCACCGGGAUCCUCACUUUAGCCAUCUGGGUGGCUUGGAUUGUCAUGUACCUCUAUGGGAACCAAGUGGUUGGAAACCCCAGCUGGGAUGACCCAACUCUGGCUGUAGCAUUAGUGUCAAACGCCUGGGUGUUCAUCUUCUUCUACACCAUCCCAGAAAUCAGCUUUUUGGCUACAGAGGACCAAGUUCAGGAGCCUCUGGAUGAUGGAGACCAUGUGUAUCCCGCCAGAAGCCUGGUUUAUGACAACAUCCUGAAGGAGCAGGAGACACGCCCUCAGAACAUGUACAUAGAAAAUAAAGCCUUCUCUAUGGACGAGCCUUCAGGUAACUCUUACAGCUAACUAGUAAAGCAGACUCCCUGACACAACUCCAACUGUAAAAUAGCUAAUGGGAGAUACCAUCAAUCUGCAGGUACCCCAAACACAAGCAAAGACUGGGACAUAUUUGAUGGAUUAUUAUUUUUAUUUUGGACUAACUGGCCAAAAAUCAGCUUGUUUUUUCCAGUGAAUCCGUAAUCUGGCAAUCAUUUGGUCUCCCCGAGCUCAGACAACUUAAAUCUCAUGUGAUAAAUCCAGGUGGCAAAACAACAAAGCAGCAAAGGGGGGGAAUCAGGGGUUGUGUUGGUCUGAAAUCGAACCAAAAAUAUCACAAAACCACCAGAAGACACAAACGAUUAGUCUUUUAGUCGUCCUACUCUUUGCAAAAUCGCUUAAUUUUGGACAUAUUCAGACCUAGCAUCAUCUCUCUCACACAAACCUUCUUCAGGGGACAGUUAAAGGCUUUUUAGUGUUUUGGCAGAACCCGUGGGAAUCUCCUUAGAAAUAAAUGUAUGCUACUCAAAAACCAUUAACCCCAUUUUUAGGAUGAGAGCCUGCUCUACUUAUCGAAGGUUGUGUCCUUGACCAAGAAGCGGUUAAACAGUAACUUGGAAGCAACGAUGGACACAGCACACUUCAUAAUGUCAGACUCCUAUGUAGUUAUCACUAUUCCUGAUAGUUUAAACAGCCCUGAGUACACAGGAAACAAGACAUGUGGCUGUACGAAUAAAUAAACAUCACUACCAUGCUUCAGAAUUACUAGCCAGUGAACCAAAUCACUGAUAUAUUCAUUAUUAUAGGUCUGAAAUGCAGGUUAUCAGCUGUUUCUCAGCUACAGCUACCAUCUAAGGCGUUAGCUUUGGUUAAUAACCACCGCCAUGAUGCUAUAAUGAUGUACUACCUAGAUGUAAAUAAGCCCAGAUGACAUCUUGGGGUGUGGUGUGAUUUGGCAGUGGUUUAUAGGCAGCUGUGGCACGUUAACCUGGAUGUAAGAGUGAAGGCUGGUAUCGCUAGCUCUGCUGAUGGCGGCUACAUUAGGCUCUGGCAUUAUUCAAAACAUGGACAGAACAAUGGUAGCCUGUGUAAAGCCAUUGGGAACGAGCUGCAGUUUGCAUCCGAGAGCCUGCUUCCUCCAUUAUAAAAGAUGGAACACGGGUCCAAUGAAUGUUUGUACAUGAUUAUUACCUUCAUGGUUGGUCUUUAUCAUGCUGCUUAAAUUUAUUAAAGUCUAACAGAAAAUUGAUUGACAGCUCUGUUGACCAAUCAAACACUAGAAUCUGUUCUACUGUGGUUUGUGUCAACCUAUAUUUGGUCAUAUGUGUUUUUGUUUGAGUAAAGGGUGUGAAAACAGUCUAGAUAAAUAUGUAUCUGAUCUAUUCGUCUCUCUUUGCUUUCCUCUCACCAGUCUCCAUAAGACCAGAGUCCCCAUACGGUUCUUACAACGGUCAGCUGCGAAGUUGUGUGUACCAGCCCACUGAAAUAGCACUAAUGGCCAAAGGUCUAACAAGGGUGAGUGCGUAAGCAUACUUUACAUGACAUAAAACACCGCUCCUCUAACACGUCCUGCUUCAAUCGCUUCUUUGUGUGUAUAUUUCCACAGAUGGACCAAGAGGUGAUUAUCCCCCGAGCCAGAACCCCGUCUUUGAAUCCGGGGAGUGUCAGCUCCUUGCCUCGUUCACACGUGUCACUACCUUCUUAAGGACUGUCACAUGCAGGCAGCAUGUUUCAAGAGUUGCUAACACUUAAAGCCAUGAGAUUAAGCUCCAGCAGGGCUCUGUUGUACCCUCAGAGUUCCUACUAUGUUUGUGCUCAUAGCCUUCAUUAUUUUCAGGCGGUGAGAUCGCUCCUCCGUUGCGUUUAUCUUGUCUUGGUGUGCAUUACAGGGGCAGCUCAAAAAGUUCCAUUACGUGUGAAGUCAAACACUUGAAGCUUUUCAUUUUGAUUAAUUCGACGAUUAGUUUGUGAAAAUCAGAAAUCCAGUAUCUAAAGUUAUUAGAUCUUCUUUCCUAAAGCUUGUGAUAGCUAGUUUCUGCAUCGUGGUUUGGUGUUUCCAAUUUCCCUUUUUGGGAAAUACUCCAUAGAUUUUCUUCAGGGUUCCAGUCAGAAGAGUUAGCUGGCCAAUCCAGUCUAGUAAUAUCAGUAAAACCAUUUGGUAGAGGUUUUGGCGAUGUGGGCAGGUGCAUAGUUUGGUCGGAAACUGAAAUCAACAACUCUUGAUCGUUUGUCAGCAGGUGAAAUGCUCUAAAAUCUCCUGGCAGAUGAAAUCUUCUCAGAGUGCAGAAACUUAAAACUGGAUUCUCACACUUUGACUUCUGUGCUUCUUGACGCUGGAGCGACAGAGUCCAGUUUUGAUUCCCCUCAGCUCCGGCGUUGUCUCUGCCUCAGUUGUGGAUGGAUACUAGGAUGAUCUGGUGACACCUGCCUCAGUCUCCUGCGUUCUUAGAUCAACUCUGCUGUCAAUCAUCAUCCCUGUUGCUUGUGUUUUGCCUCAUUCUCCUGGCUUCUGGAUAAAGGUGCAGUCCGUAGAGUUCCCCUGACUGAGAGCUGUACAUGGUAUUCAUACUAUGCAUAGCGAUUUUCUCAAACUCAAACUGAUAUAUUCUAAUAUAUUGAGCUGUAGGCUGUUGUUAUAAAAACUAAAAUAGAAUAAAUUUAUGAAAUAAGUCUAGUUUAUAUCACAUUUAAAAACUGAUGGAGAAUAUUCAGUUAGGUCAUGAUUUUCAUACUUUUUGAGCUGCACCAGUAAACUCACAAAAAUAGCGACAUGUCCCUUUAAAGUAAAAUAAUUUCUCAACUUUCUGGUAAAGUGAAAGACCAAAAACUGGUCUGUUUUUUUUUCCACCAGCACAUCUCAACAAUAUGAUCUCUCAGCUGAUUUUUUGUUUGCUUGAAAAAGCACAUUAUCAAAUCAUGUUGUCAUUUAGACUUCCACUGAAAGCCGUAUGACUCUGUAGUAGGAUUGUAGGAUUGUAGUUUUCUGUUUUCUAAGUUAUUAAACCUGUUAUGGGUCCUGAAA